AUUCAAAAAAAUAAUAAACCUUUAUUCAAAUACUUCUCCUUCUUUUCAAUUUCUAACAUGGUAUCAAAGCAAUAAGCUCCUAGUUCUUUUUUUAUCACUGCUUGGUUACUAAGUUGGAUUCUCAGAUCUAUUUUAAAUCUGAAACUUUGUCGUUGGGUUAUGUUCUCUUGUAGUUUGGAUUGUUUAUUCUCAACUUUCACACAUUUUCUAAGGUUUUUGGUUAUACCUGUUUUGUUCUUCUUCCACCUCAUGAACAUAAUAAGCUAGAGCCUAAAGCUCGAUUAUGUUGUUUUUUGGGUUAUGGGAUUACACAUAAAGGAUAUAGUUGUUGGGAUCCUGUGUCACAAAAACUUCAAGUCUCGCGUCAUGUUGUCUUUUGGGAACACACUAUGUUUCCCUCAUUAUCAAACUUCCAGGUGUCAUUUUGAUCAACCUCCACUUUUUACUAACCCUUCUGUUAAGCUUUUUCCUUAUGACUUUGAUGUAGAUACAUUUGAUGAGCUCUAUAAUGCCUCUCCACAUGCUCCACCUGGUUCUAUAGAAGAUGUUCUGCCUAUUGGUAAUGCAUUAAACAAUGUUGAGUCUUCUUCCCUUACCUCUUCUAUAUCACCUGUUAGAUCUAACCCUGUUGAUAUUGAGCCUAAAAAUGAGAUUCUUAAUCCACCUUCAAGUCAUCCUAUUCGGGAAACCUUUGCACCUGUUGCUCAUCCUACUUCAAUUCGUAGUUUGAUUGCUAUUGCUGCUGCCAAAAGAUGGAAAUUGUUUCAAAUGGAUGUGAAAAAUGCCUUUCUAAAUGAUGAUCUUGUAGAAGAAGUUUACAUGAAACCACCUUCUAGACUUGAGCAUCCUCCAAACAAAGUUUGCUUAUUGAAUCCUCAUGAUAUUUCGCUGUUCAUACGCAAGACUAAUCAUGGUAUGGUUCUACUACUUCUUUAUGUUGAUGAUAUGAUCAUUAAUAGGGAUGAUAUUUCAGGUAUUCAUGAUCUUAAGCAAUUUCUCAGUCAUAAGUUUGAGAUGAAAGAUCUUGGUGUUUUGAACUAUUUCUUGGGACUUGAGACAACAUUUACUCCUCUUAAGCCAAAUGUUCGGCUUACAUCCAUAGAUGGUUAUCCAUUAACUGAUCUUACUCGCUACAGACAAUUGGUUGGAAGUCUAAUUUAUCUCACUACAACACAACCAAACAUAGCUUUUGCAGUUCAUGUUGUUAGCCAGUUUAUGGCUACGCCUCGCUCCACUCGCUAUGCAGUAAUACUUCACAUUAUUGGGUAUAUUAAAGGUACCAUGUUUCAUGGCCUUCACUUUGCUGCUCAUUCAUCCCUUGAACUUCGUGCUUACUUUAAUGCUGAUUGGGCUAGAGACUCUAAUGAUCAUAAAUCCACCAAUGGAUAUUGCCUUUUUCUUGGUGAUUCCUUAAUCUCCUAGCAUAGUAAGAAGCAGACAGUUCCAUCACAUGCUAGCACAAAGGCUAAAUAUCGAGCACUUGGAGACACCACAUCAAAGUUACUUAAUUUACGUUGGCUACUAGAAGAUAUGAGUGUUUCUCAACCACCUGCUACUAAUCUUUAUUGUGAUAAUUAGAGUGCCAUAUAGAUUGCUUAUAAUGAUAUCUUCUAUGAGCGCACUAAACACACUGAGAUUGACUAUCACUUUGUUCACCAUCAUGUUACAGAAGGAACUAUUCAUUUGGUUUUUAUUGGCUCCGUUGAUCAACUAGCAGACCUUUUCACCAAGGCUCAUUUUUCUGGACACUUUCGUACUCUUCUUUCCAAACUUAAGUUGGUUUCAUCACAACUAUCUUGAGUUUGAGGGGGGGAUGUUAAGAUGUGAACACAAUAAUUUAGAUUAUAUUUGCACUUAUUAUAAAUAUUUUAUACCUUA